AUGGAUACCAUUGACUUUGACCUCAACGAUGCCUUGAAGCACUACAUGUCGGACCCAGCCAGCAUUUCAACGCCUGAAGCUGAUGGGGCUCUCUUCGACUGCGAAAAUGACCCCGAAGCCCUUACACUCCCUGUCGUUAACUCUGUCCUAAACCCUAUCGUCGACGCAGUCGCCGAUAAUCCAGAUGCCAUCAUGCGCGCCUCCCACAUGGACUCGCUGCAGUUCCUCCUCAAAUACACAGCACAUCUUCCCACCCACGCCCUAAGCAAGAUCUUCGACCUUGUUAUGAGCGGCUUGAGUGCAGAGGCCGACUCUGUUCACUCCGAUAUCGACUCCCCCGACGAGCAAGACUCGGUACCCCACCACAAGAAACUACUCGAGAUAUACGGUUUCCUUUUGCAAUGGACGAUCGCUGCUGUCGAGACCAAGGCCGCUGAGAAGUCGUCAGCGGCGCCGGCUGCGAGAGGACGCGGAAAGGGAAAGAAGGGGGCCGCAAAGGAUAAGGACGCAGCUUGGGAUUCGGCUACACAGCUUCAGGGAGCCUUGGAAGUUAUGUGCAAGGUCCUCAAGCUCAAGCUCUCCAAGAUCUUUCUCACAACAAGCGAACGAGAUACAUUCAUUGGUCUCCUUACCCGACCAGUUUAUAUGGUUUUGGAGAGUGAGCAACGGGUCAAGACAACAACCAUCCGAAUGCACUGCUUCAAGGUCCUUUGUAUUGCAGUGAAGCAUCAUGGACAUGGAUAUGCGGCGCAAAUCAACAUCAUCCAGAACUUGACAUAUUUCGAGCACUUGUCGGAACCAAUGGCCGAGUUCCUACACAUCCUAGCAGAAACUUACGACUAUCCUCAGCUCGCUGACGAGGUAUUACGCGAAAUCAGUAACAAAGAAUUCAACUCCAACGAUACUAGAGGACCUAAGUCUGUUUCUUCCUUUAUUGCCAAGCUUUCUGAGUUGGCGCCACGAUUGGUGAUUAAGCAGAUGACAAUGCUUGCGAAGCAAUUGGACAGCGAGUCAUAUACUCUUCGAUGUGCUCUUAUCGAGGUCUGUGGAAACAUGGUUGGCUACCUCAGCAAGCAAGAUGAGCGCAGCGAGAACCACAAGUCCCAACUGAACGCCUUUUUCGAUGUGCUGGAAGAGCGAUUCCUCGACAUCAACCCCUACUGCCGGUGCAGAACUCUCCAAGUGUACAUGCGACUUUGCGAUCUUGCGCAAAAGUUCCCCAAGCGGCGACAAAAGGCUGCAGAACUCGCCUGUAGAAGUCUGGAAGACAAGAGCAGCAAUGUCCGACGUAACGCAAUAAAGCUUUUAGGCACACUUAUCAAGACACAUCCUUUCACGGUCAUGCACGGCGCCCAGCUGUCAAGAAAGGAGUGGCAGGCUCGUUUGGACAUGGUGCAGGAGGAGCUGGAUGCUCUCAAGCCUCCCCCUGGUGUCCCUGGCUUUGGAGGCGAUCAGGCGAACACGACCGUCGACAAUGAGCUUCUUGAUGAGGCGACACAACUUGGCUCUCCUCAGAAGCCUACCCAGAUGACUGAAGAGGAGAAGGCUGCUGCUAUCAAGAAGGCACAGGAGGAAGCUGCUACAAGUGAAGCUAUCGAGAAGCUGACACUCACCCGGAGAUACUACAACGAGGCUCUCAAGUUUAUCGAUGUUAUCCACGACGCCACCACCACGAUCUGCCAGCUCCUCGGGUCAAGGAACAAGAGCGAGGUUAUUGAGGCUAUGGACUUCUUUGAGGUCGGUGACGCCUACAAUAUUGAGCAGAACAAGGUCGGUAUUCGACGUAUGCUUCGACUCAUCUGGACCAAGGGCAAUAGCGAUGAAGGAAAGGGUGUCCAGACACACUUGAUCGAAUGUUACAGGCGACUCUUCUUUGAGGCACCUGACUCGUUCAGUCCUAAUGAUUCGGCAAUUUACAUCGCGCGCAACAUGAUCAGUUUGACCUUUGGCGCGACACCCGCUGAGCUGACAUCGCUUGAGCAGCUCUUGGCGACAAUGAUGAAGGGCGGCAUGAUCCCCGAGGUUGUUAUCAACAAGCUUUGGCAAGUCUAUGGUGUUCAGAAACGGGAGAUCUCCCGCACUCAGCGCCGAGGUGCCAUCAUUGUUUUGGGAAUGCUGGCAACUGCAAACCCCGAGAUUGUGGUUGGUGAGAUGGAGACCAUGCUUCGGACUGGUCUUGGUCUGCAUGGACACAAUGAUCUUCAGUUGGCCAAGUUUACAUGCAUUGCUUUGAGGCGUAUUAACCCAUCUGGACGACAGUCUAAGGACUCUCCUGUGAAGUUCUCACGAUUGCCAAACGACCACGCUGUGUCCGUCAGAUUGGCUGCCAUCACCGAGGUUCCUUCGGACAGCAAGGAGUGGUAUGGAGUAGCAGAGCAGGCCAUCAACGCCAUUUAUGCUAUUUCUAAGCAUCCCGAUACCCUCUGCUCAGACCUCAUCCGACGAAAAGCACGACAGGUGUUUGGACAGUCUCGCUCCCCACCAUCCUCGCAGCCCAGCUCGCGCCCUACAUCGCGAGAUGAGACAAAGGUUGCGCCAACAGCUGACCAGACUGCGACCCAGGGCGAGAAGAAAAAACGCGACAAUGCCAUCGCUCUGUCUCAGCUUCUAUUCAUCGUCGGCCACGUUGCCAUCAAGCAAAUUGUUCAUCUUGAGCUGUGUGAACUCGACUUCAAGCGCCGAAAGCAGGAGAAGGAGAAGGCAGCGCCCGCUAAAAACGACAAGGACAAGGAAGAUGAUGCGGAUGAGCUUGAUCUGAUCGGAGGCACAACAGAAGAUGACUUUACAGAAGCCAUGGCACACAUUCGUGAGCGAGAGCUUCUAUACGGGCCCAACUCUCUACUAGCCGUCUUUGGCCCGCUGGUGUCAGAAAUAUGCGCCAACAACACAACAUACGCCGAUAAGGGACUCCAGGCCGCCGCGACACUCUGUCUCGCUAAGCUCAUGUGUGUGUCUGCCGAGUACUGUGAAGCAAACUUGCCGCUGCUCAUCACUAUCAUGGAGCGUUCGCCCAAUGCCACUGUCCGAAGCAAUGCUGUUAUCGCACUGGGUGACAUGGCAGUCUGCUUCAAUCAUCUCAUUGAUGAGAACACCGACUUCCUUUACCGCAGACUGGCUGACGACGAUGCGUCCGUCAAGCGAACGUGUCUCAUGACAUUGACUUUCCUGAUCCUCGCUGGACAGGUCAAGGUCAAGGGUCAGCUCGGCGAGAUGGCCAAAUGUUUGGAGGAUGAAGAUCGCAGGAUCGCUGAUUUGGCGAGAAUGUUCUUCACCGAGCUCAGCACCAAGGACAAUGCUGUGUACAACCACUUUGUCGACAUGUUCAGUCUGCUCAGCGCUGGCGGGAAUAUGGAGGAGGAGAGCUUCCGCAGGAUUGUCAAGUUCCUUCUUGGCUUUGUUGAAAAGGACAAACACGCCAAACAGCUGGCCGAGAAGCUUGCCGCACGACUCAACCGCUGUGAGACAGAGCGACAAUGGAACGAUGUUGCAUAUGCGUUGGGCAUUUUGCAACAUAAGAAUGAAGAGAUUACAAAGCUGGUAUCUGAAGGCUACAGAGUCAUUCAAUCCUCUGCUUAA